AAUGCAGAGGAAACUGGUUUAUCCAUUUCCUCUUUGGUUUGUAAAGCCUGCUUUGGGACCUGUAGCCUGGAGAUUUCUAAGAGAAUUGGGAGGGAUGAAAUCUCCAAUCCUGGGCCCAUAAUUUUGGGGCAGAGCAGCCAGCGUGCUGAUUGCACAGGUGUGUGCAGGCCUUUUAGGGGAAGCCAGGCCAUGAUUCUGGGCUCCACCCCGGCAGUUAGGAGGACUCCACCCAGGCAGACGGGAGUUAGGAGGACUCCACCCAGGCAGACGGGAGGUCUCUGCCGUGGAGUCAGGUGGAAGCCGGACUAGCUGUGUGCUAGUG